UCUUCCCUGGUGCAAUCUCGAGGCUUCAAUCCGCUGCUUUCCACCCCCCCAACAUGGCUCUCAAUCUGGACAUUCAGAAAGAACUAGUUCAACAGUCAGAAAGAGUAAAAUCUCUGGAUGUACAUCCCACAGAACCAUGGAUUUUGGCAAGUCUGUAUUCAGGAACUGUGUGUAUCUGGGACUACCAUUCUCAGGAACUGGUAAAGUCUUUCAAGGUCACUGAAUCACCAGUUAGGUCUGCAAAGUUCAUAGCAACCAAACAAUGGGUUAUUACCGGAGCUGAUGACAAGUUUAUCCGAGUCUUCAACUAUGAUACAAUGGUUAAGGUUGCAGAAUUUGAGGCACAUACCGAUUACAUUAGGAGUGUUGCAGUCCAUCCAACCCUUCCAUAUGUGCUGUCGGCUUCUGAUGACAUGCUCAUAAAGCUUUGGGAUUGGGAGAAAGGUUGGGAGUGUGCUCAAAUCUUUGAGGGACAUGGUCACUAUGUGAUGCAGGUAGCCUUUAAUCCCAAAGACCCCAGCACCUUUUCAAGUGCAUCACUUGACGGCACCAUAAAGAUUUGGAAUCUGAGCUCUCCUGCACCAGAUUUUACCUUGGAUGGCCAUUCAAAAGGGGUGAAUUGCAUUGAUUACUUCAUGAGUGGCCCUAAACCAUAUCUAAUCUCUGGUUCUGAUGAUCACACUGCUAAGGUCUGGGACUAUCAAGCCAAAAGUUGUGUCCAAACACUUGAAGGCCACACAAAUAAUGUUUCUGCAGUGUGUGUUCAUCCUGAACUUCCCCUACUCAUUACAGGUUCUGAGGAUAGCACUGUUCGCAUUUGGGAUUCAGUGACUUAUAGGCUUGAGAACACGCUAGACUAUGGUCUUGAAAGAGUUUGGACUUUUGGAUGCAUAAAAGGUUCAAACAGGGUUGCAAUUGGCUGUGACAAAGGAACAAUUAUUGUAAAAAUUCUCAGUUCUCACAGUUGGGAUUCCAGGGGCCUUCAGGUCGAGAAGGAAGACAAGAAGGAAUGCUGAUCAUUUCUUAGUGCUGCCACUAGUAUUACCAUUGUGAACCUAUGUGUAAUCUGAUAGAAUAACCCUGUCCGAUCUCUGAGAUAAAGAUGAUUGGAAAGAAUAAUGUCAUAGUAUUAUUAGCAGUGUAAUGUGAUUUCAAGCAAUUUCAAGUAUAAACAUCUUCUACUAAUGGUUGAUUACAAUCAUUCUAGGCUUCUCAGUUCUUUUGUGGUGUACUUGAAGGCAAUAAUUCUGAAGAAUAAUCACUAG